UCGACAGAGAUGGCUACCAUGAUGACUACCAUGACGACAGGUCUUCUUCUUUUGCUGUUGGCCGGUGUGACAGUGAGCAGAGUGGUGGAUCUGGAUAAGAGAGUAUACAAAGGUGUCCCAUGCGAUAAAAAGGACCACAAGUACCAUGUGAGGCUGAGAACAGUUGAUGCGAAGGGAAAUACAUUUGCGUCUGGUGGAUCUCUGAUCAGUAAACAGUGGAUUCUGACUGCAGGUCACAACGUGGAGCCGGGAGAGACUGUGACAGCAAUUUUAGGUUUUCAUCCAGCAGAAACAAAAGGGAAAGAGGUGAUAAUCAUAGAUCAACCUAUCAGGUAUAGUGACCCGGAUGGGCCUCAUGACCUCAUGCUUCUGAAGCUACCUGAUGCUGAUCAUGGAUUUCCCUUUGCACGACUUACUGUCUGUAGCAACACUCCCAAAAUAACCGAUACAGUCCAGAUCGCAGGUAUUGGAGCUACAGGGGCAGAUGCUACUGGUUUAAAAGGAGGCGAUUUGAAAACCACUCUCCAUUGUGGAAACACCGAAGUUGUCCAGUGUGAGAAAAUCUGUAACACUGCCAGUUCAUUUUACAAUAAAAAUGAACAAUUGAUCUGUUACCAAAAACCUGACGUGGAUACAAGUAAGGGGGACUCCGGUGGAGGAGUGGAGUUCAAAGGCAUGAUUUACGGUGUGCAUAUUCGCGGUAGUAUCUAUGCCUGUGAUAGACCAGCAAGCGCUAUUAAAAUCUGUGAUCUGAAAUACAAAAAAUGGAUCAAUGGCAAUACCGGUCUUAAGAUAUUAUAGAGAUGUCUAACAUGUGUGUAGAAGUCAUGUCAUUCGACAGACUAACACAUGAUGUUAAAACAAAUGUUGAUUGACUCUUAAUUUGCAGGUGAUACAUUUACUAGCGGUUGGUUUACAUUAAUUGUUCAACUAUUAUGACAAACAAAUAAUUGUGAUUUUAUAACUUUAAUAUCAGAAAGUAGUGUCUGAGUUAUAAAUGUUAGUUUACAAAUUCAUGCUUUUGAAACUGUUGUUAUGAUCCUUUUUUAAUAUACAUUUGAAACACAAUUGUAAUAAUAGAACCCUUUUAUCAAUUCAACAGAAAUUGCACAAUAUUUGAUCAAGAUUGUGUUUUGAAAACAACAAAUGGAAAAUAUAAAAGUCUGUAACUCUUUUGAACAUGCUGAUCUCAUACUGUUGGUAGGUCAACCUCUGAAAAGUAUUGCACUGUAAUUCACAUGUAUCCCACAACAGCAACUUCUUGUAUAAUGUUAUCAUUUCAAAUACAAUAAAGAGUCACAUCAUUA